AUGCAUGUGAGAAGAACUCUUGAUUUACACAAUGAGGUAGGGGUGAGGAUAAACAAGACUUUUCAAACCCUUGUUCAUGAUGUUGUUGGUCAUGAUAAUUUGAAAUUUGUAGAAGAGAAUGUGAGAAACUACAUUAACAAGGAAAGACGUUUGAUUGCCAAGGAAGGAGAUUCAAAAGCAUUGGUGGAUUAUUUUUGUAGGAUGAAGGAAGAAAAUAGUCAGCUCUGGUAUGAUAUUAAUGUUGAUGAAGACUUUCGCAUAAAAAAUAUAUUUUGGGCAGAUGCUAGAAGUCGAGCUGCAUAUGAAUCUUUUGGAGAUAUCGUUAGUUUUGAUACAACCUACCUAACCAACAAGUAUGACAUGCCCUUUGCUGCUUUUGUUGGUGUAAAUCACCAUGGUCAGUUAGUUUUACUUGGCUGUAGCUUAAUAUCAACAGAAGAUACAAAAACAUUUGUGUGGCUUUUCAAUUGUUGGCUUAGAUGCAUGUGUGGGAAGGCACCCAAUGGGAUUGUGACUGACCAAUGCAAGGCUAUGCAAAAUGCUAUUACAAUAGCUUUGCCUAAUACUCAGCAUAGAUGGUGUUUAUGA